CAGACAGACAUGUGAGGCAAAUGUAAAUUUAAUUUAUCGUGAUUGUAUAUUUAGGAGUAAUAGCCUAGGACUAAACUAUUACUACAGUUCAGUGACCUAAUAAAAUUAUUUUAAUCAACAUUUCCCAAGUGUUACUUCAUACUUGCGUGUAAUUUGAACGCGUUCACGGUUUCAUGUUUUAUAUACUUUUAUCUGUUUUGGUUUUACCAUAUAUUGGAACGUAAGAUGUUUUUAAAAAUAAAAUACAGCUGAUCGUCAAGUAGAGUGAAGUGUGUUCUAUCCUGUGGAAAAUGGUGGUUUUGUAUUAAACAUGGCGAAUAUAGCAAGUCCUUUACCUUAUAUUACUAAAAGAGAAUAUGGUCUUGUAAAUAAUUUGAAAUCUCAAUUAUUUAAUAAACGGCUGAAUGCGGCUAAAAACUUGUAUCGCCGUGAUUUAGUGUGUCAUUUUGGAUGUGUAAAUGCAAUUGAAUUUUCUAGCAAUGGCGAGUUAUUCGUAUCAGGUGGAGAUGACAGGCGGGUGAUGGUCUGGCAAUUUGGACAGGCCAUUCUAGAACAUGGAAAGCCUGAACCAAUGAAAGCAUUACAUCAAUCAAAUAUAUUCUGCCUGGGUGUCACAUCAGAUAACCAAAAGAUAUAUUCAGGAGGAAAUGAUGAUAUUGUAAUAGUCCAUGAUGUAGAAAGCAAGCAUCCGGUAGAGGUUUUACAACAUCAGCGAGCUGUGUGCAGUCUGAGCAUUGACCCUUUUAAUGAACGAGUAGUCACUACUGCUGGAAAUGAUGGGAGGUUGCUACUGUUUGACACCAGGCAGUCUGUACAUGAAUCACUAGUGAUAUCACGCAGUCGGAGAGCAUUUCAUGGUGUAAUGUUUCACCCGCAACAAGUUGGAAUGCUUGUAUCCGCCAAUGCAAGAGACGGCGUUGCACUAUGGGACCUAAGAUCUCCUAAACAUCCCGUGAUCCGCUACGUGGGCAACAGUGGCUCCUGCCAGAACAGUAUGAGCGUCCGCAUCAACCAAACCGGCACGCAUGUGCUCGCCCUGCGGCGGCGCCUGCCCCCCGUGCUGUAUGCCGUGCACUCCCCGGAGCCGGUGGCCGAGUUCUACCACCAGGAUUACUACAACUCGUGUACGAUGAAGAGUUGCUGUUUCGCGGGGAGGGGUGAUCAGUUCGUGUUAUCGGGAUCUGAUGAUUUCAACCUGUACAUGUGGAAAAUACCAGAUACGGGAGGCGGUGUUGAUUUGGUGGUUGAGCCGCCACACAUUGUUUUGUACGGACAUCGGUCAAUCGUGAAUCAAGUUCGGUACAACUCGAAUUAUUGUCUCAUCGCGUCAUCGGGAGUGGAGAAAAUUAUAAAGAUCUGGUCUGCGCUGGAGUACCCGCAGAUGCGUGGCGCUCUGUUGGAGGAGGCCCAGGGUUCUGACAACCCGCGCGAGAUAUACAGCCACGAAGAUUACGUUUCGCUCGUCCAUCACAGUGGACAGUAUCUAUCCCACAACUAUGCUGAACAAUCGACAAGCGAGGAUCCACGCAUGAUGGCGUUCUUCGAUUCAUUAGUUCAGCGGGAAUUGGAGUGUCUCGCUGAGGAAACGGAUUCCCUGGACGAAUCCAGUUCUGGUUCAGUAAACGGGAACGUUUCCGAUACGAGUGAUAGCGAUCACAUCGUAGCAGACUUCUUGCCCUUACCAUCUAAAAGAGUAACUCCAAACGGGAGUCGAAGUCAACGGUGCCCAAAUAGACUCGCGCGACUUGUCGCGUCGAGAUAUCCAAAGAACAUCCGAUCUCAAAAACGGGGUUCCCUUAGGCGAAACAAGCAGUCGCGCACGUGCAUGAGCAAGUCGAGCGCGAAGGGCAAGCGCGCGGCGCCGAGACGCGCCCGCGGCCCGCGCCGCGCCCCGCCCCGCGCGCCGCCCCGCGCGCCCCCCGCCGCGCGCCGCUCCGCGCCCUCCAGCGAGCGCACCGACUCCGACGAGCCCGCGCACUGCCUCUACCGGAACACGGGCCGGAUCAUCCGGCCACUCAGAAGAAGAAUGAACACCACGAGGAGUACAAAGAGGAAAAGUAAAGUCACUAGUUAUAGGAAAGUUAUGAAUUUAAGAAAUAAUAGUAAUAUGGCUCAAGAUAGUAGUGAUAACAAUAAUUUUUCCAACUUCGACAACUAUGAAGAUAAUUUAGCUUUACCUAGCACAAGUACAGGUUAUAGAGGCCAAAGCAAUUCAGCACUAUUUCGUAUUGCCGAGGUAGAUUCAGAUGACGACCAGUCAGUUGGCAGUCGACCAAUCUCGCCCAGUAAUCAAAAUGGCAAUCAAAACAUUCCUACGAAUUUAAUUAGCAUCGUACCAACACCAAUUAAUGGCUCCCGAGAUUCUCUCAGCGACUCAUUAAGGGUUGGACCGCCAGAAUCUGAGAGCAAUAAUUCAUCUCCUGUCCAUGAAAGUCGAACGCGAAUGAAUUUGAGGAGAGUUAGAAGAAACGGUAGACUCAGUAUUCAACGUUCCGAUUCAAGCGAGUCACCACCACCUAAAGAUUAUACGGAGAAUAACUUCACAAUAAUGGAUAGAUUAUCACCAAAGGUCGGAUACAACAGGACUGUGGCGAGGCUAAUGAAUGAGACCAACGAAAGUGAAUUCGAAAGCAAUUGUAGCACCGAAAGCAGUUUGUGGCAGGCUCCAAACAAUAUUGGAACUCCUGACAGCGGUGUAGGCACCGUUGCGGGCAGCAGCACCAGGAACAACCAACCUCCAGCCGAUGAUGUGUCCGACGAUCCAGAAUAUCAAGCGCACAAGUUCCGACAACGCGUUAAAAAGGCUCGUCGUAAUUAUAGGAAUCACAUGGAUUCAGAUUCAAAUUGAUCUAAUUAUAAAGAUACACAUAUUCCAUUUUAUUAUAAAUUGAACAGAUGGUAAAUUAAAAUAUAUAAAAGCAGUAAAUGUCGUAAAUAUUAUAUUUUUUAAAUUAUUAAAUGAUCUAUUUUUAAUUUGUCAGUAUUUUACAUUUAUCGGGCUUAUAAGAGAAAUAAAAAUAUAUCCUUAACUUUGACAUUAAUUUACAUAUUGUUCAGCUUCUAAUUAAAUGGAGAAUAGUUUUAAAUUUAUUUCCAUGAUAUUUUAGUUGUUCUACUUUAAGUGGCGACUAUCAACGACUGUAAAUUUAUAUGUUGUGAUUGUUAAGGAUUUAAUUUAAGUUAAUAUUCUAUGGAUGUUAGAUUAGGGAAUUCGCAACCAUGCAUAUAUUUUCAAACAUGCUUAAACAAUGUAAAUAAAGUUAGCUAUGAACAAUAUAAUAACUAACAGUAAUUUUACAAGUAAUCACCCUUUUUGAUUUUGUAUGCCCAAAUACAACCUUGUUAUGUAUUUAUAAAAUUUUGUAAUAUUUUCGCUAUUUGAAUACGAUAAAAUUGUGUACAAAUGCUAGCGUUCUUAAAGGUUUAAGAGCAAUCAUAUAAGCUAUGUAUAUAAAGGCAGUCACUAAAUAUAUAGCAAUUAUUAAGCCCCAUUUCCAUUCGUAGGGUUUCAUGGUGAGAUCCGACACAAUGUAUAUUUGACUGACAAUCUGCUUAUACUUGUCGGUCCUGAUAAACACCGUUGUCUAAUGAGAACUGCUGGAUAUAAAUUGUAUGGCCAAUACCUAACAAAUGGGUAUAGUCCUUACCAAUACCCUACAAUUAUUUUGGAACACUAAGAGAGAUAUUUGGUUGCUUUUUUUGUAUAGUUUAUAUUAAAAAUAUGUGAUCUAUUAUUAUUAUAUCAAUUAAUUAGACGUAAGAUAUUAUAAUAUCAAUGUUCCCUUAAAUGGCUGUUAGCAUAUAUCCAUGCUGAUAA